CCUAUGAACAUUUUAAGAAUAUUCAUCAAGAAUUCGAGUUCGAGGGUUCGAGCCUAGCUACCACAGUGCCAACACAAUAUUCUGAAAUCAAGAAUGCACUCCAAAAGAAUGUUCGUAGAACUAUGGCUGCUUGAAUGACAGGUUAGAGUCCACGCGUGGACUUGCAUAAAUACACCGAUAUUUUAGACCGAUAGUAAAUUUCUAAAUAAAUUGCCGGUGCUUGUUUCCGCAUUAGUUUGGCGAGUAACAAUAUUUAUUUCCUGAGAAUUUUCUCACAGAUUCGAUCGACACGCGUGACAGUGAGGUAAAUGGAGAAGAUUCAGUUACACACGUGUUAUCCACGUGGUGCCUGAUCGAAGGCGGAUCGAGAUACGUUCGAUGUGUUUCUCAAUUGGAAUUGCCUCUAGAAGACAAGGGCCAGAGAAGUAGAAGACAACGUUGAAACAGGAAGUUGUACUUCGUCUUGCAGAAUUCACACUUUUGUUCACACGUGCGAACGAUGGAUCAAUACUUCAAAAGUUACGAGGAACUCGAUAUCCAUCAAUUAAUGCUGAGCGACAAAGCACGUGUCUUGGCGUACAAAGCUGCAAUUUUUAACUCGAAGGAGCAGUUUCAGGACAAAAUCGUAAUGGACGUUGGUGCUGGCUCAGGAAUAUUAUCGGUUUUUUGCGCCCAGGUUGGCGCGAGUAAAGUUUACGCGGUGGAAGCGAGCACGUUGGCGAGGACGAUCGAGCAAGUGUCGAGUGAAAACAACGUGCGGGGCAAAGUUGAAGUAAUUCACAGUAAAGUAGAGGACAUUCGUCCAGGCAGUUUAGAGAAAGUGGAUGUAAUUGUUUCAGAAUGGAUGGGUUUUUACUUGGUGCACGAAGGAAUGUUAGAUUCCGUGCUCUUCGCCAGAGAUAAUUUCUUACGCGAGGACGGUUUGUUGUUCCCGUCCGUCGCGAAACUGUACGCCUCGCCGUGCCAGUUGCCUUCCAUGUACGAAUUUUGGAACGAUGUGUGCGGAGUCAGUAUGAGAUGUAUUGGAAGAGAGUACAGAAGAGAUAAAUCCUCGAAGCCGGAGGUCCUGCUUCUAAAUCGAGACGACCUUCUGGCGGAAGGAAAAUUGUUCGCCUGGCUGGACCUGAGGUGCGUCUCCGUGGCAGAGCUGGAUCUGCUGGGUGGAGAGGAUUAUGUGUCGGUGUGCGAGAAGGACGGGCGGUUCCAGGGGGUGUGCAUCUGGUUCGCGGUCGAGUUUCCCGACGGCUCGGAACUGUCCACGGGGCCCCGCGACAACGCGACGCACUGGAAACAAACCGCGGUCGUUCUGCCCGAGGACGCGGAGGUGACGAGGGGCGAGCCCGUCGCCUUCAAACUGGAACUGAGGAGAAACGCGUCGUGUCCGAGACGUUACAAUAUGGAGCUGAGCUUGCUCGACGCGGAGGCAGUGGAGCACGAUGUUCCGUGCGGUUGUCACAUGACGAGAUGUAUAGUGACGAGAAAGUACAUUGAUGACUUGGACGAGCGCGAGUCGUGCGCGAUAGAGAGUACCGAUUCGUAGAUGUACAUGAAAUUGAAACAUCAAAUACAGUCGAAAUGAAAAA